UAAGGUUCCUGUUUGCUUUUGACUCUCUCUGCAGCAUUGAGAAGGACGUUUACAAUAAACUGCAAAAUCUACAGAAUCAGACAAAAAUCUUUUAGUGGACAUAAGGAGAACAUAGAACAGUUAAUUUCCUGAUUUAUUAUGGCUACUCCUUCUAAAAGACAGAAGAUUCAAGAGGAAUCUACUCACUGUGUCUGGUUACGGCUGUGUGAUCCAUUUAUCCGCACAGAUGGAAAUCUUAUUUGUCCUAUCAUCAAAGCUGAAACUUCAAUACGGGUGCUCUUUAGACUUCAAGAAAAAACUCUUGUCAUUAUUUUGCAUAAAGUGUACCAAGAAACUGGAAUGAAAACACAACAGAUCGAAUUGUUAAAACCAUUGGACAAAGACUUGCAAGGAAAUCUUUUUAUUCAGUGUGUAUCUCCUAAUAUUAUCGAUAGAGAAAAAAUAAAUCAUUUCAAGGAAAGGCUAAAAUUCCACUUUUCAAAGUCUACAACAGUAAAAAAUAUUUCAGUUGACCAAGUGGAUAGUACUAAAGAGAUUAUCCAACAGCCUAUGAUUUCAGAACCUGACUUUGAAAUGCACAAACUGGAAAUAUGUUACAAGACACUUUUGAAAAUGCAGUCAGAUUUGGAUAAAACAGAUGAAGUAUCCUUUAUUAUGGAUAGCAUAAAAAAAAUGUUGGAUGAAUUCAAAGAAAAAUACACAAGGAUUGGUAUACUCUCACAAAACGGAAAAGGGAAGAGUUUUUUGCUCAAUUUGUUGUUCCUUUUGACAAUUGACAAUGAGGAGGAAUACCAGAACAACAACAAGAAAUUAAAACUACCAAAGGAUAUUACUGGGGAUCCAGCCAUUGAAGAGCUUGGAGAAACUAUUAAUCAACUUCCAGAUGUGGUGAAAGACUAUCUUAAAACAUGUGAAAAUAUACAGGAUAAAUUCAAAACAGUAAUGAAGCCCAUCUGUGUUGAGUUGAAGCCUGCUGAUAUUCAUGCUGUAGAGCAAUCCAGAAAUCAUUUUUUAAGUUUACCAAAGUAUUUCAAAGAGGGUGGAAGACCUGAUACCGAGCCAUUCAUAUUGCCACAGAAAGGUUUACAUCAAAGCUAUGAAUCUACAACAAAAUGCAUCAUACAUCUGAGAUAUGGGACUGUUUAUCAGAUAAAAGUGGAUUAUUUUAGCAGUGUAGAUUUGAAACAACAAUUGUAUGAAUUAGUCUUAUUGAGCAGAAAUGACAAAACUGAUGUGAAGUAUGAAACUGGCAUCAAUAACCAUAUAAAGGAAAAGGCAUAUAAAUGUUUGCAGUCUAGAUUUGGCAUUUUAACAGAUUCUAAUAUUUCUGAUAUUAAUGAGGAAGCUUUUCAAACAUUUAACACUUAUAGUGACAUUGUACUCAGCGAGAAGGUUGAGAAAUUUGCAGGGAGAACUGAGUUAUAUAUUGGAUAUGGGAGAAAUUCGACAGAUGAUCGUCUUGCUGUAAAG